AUGGCUGUCAAAACGAUGCGACGAGCUUUUGGCUCGAUCCCAAGGCACGACACCCUCCAGUUGCUCCAAGGUCUACUACAGAGGCUCAGCCAUCUGCUGCACAUCGCCAUCUCGUUCAUCCUUUUGCCCUUCGACAACGCCGUUCUUCUGGCUGCCUGUCUUGUCGGAUAUGCCCUUCAUCUCGUCUCACGCUCAAGUCCUAGUCGUCGCAGAAAAGCAGCAUUGGGAACUGCGGGUUUCUAUCCAAAGACGGUCCUCGUCACCGGCAUAGAUACUCAUUAUGGGCUGGCCGUAGCGCGAGCCUGGUACUACCAAGGCCACCGGGUGGUGGGCGUCAACAUCACCCAUACCUCCAUCCGACCAGGAGAAGGCAUGUCCAGAACCAUCGCGGCAUUCUACUCCAUCCCCAAAGCACAAUAUGUCUCACGGUUGCUUGAUCUCAUCCACCGGGAAAAAGUGGACAUCUGGGUGCCUUGUUCCGACCAGCUCACGGUCAUGGAGGAUGCGAUGGCGAAAGAGGUAGUUGAAAGCCGAACCGACUGCAAAUGCAUCCACCUGGACACGGAACUAGCAGCCAGGUUCAACCAACCGGAAUCCUUCCUCCAAUACCUCGUCGAGAAGGACCUCCCCGUGGUCGAAACCCACCAGGUGCAGUCGCGUGCAUCAAUCCACAAGAUCUUGCACCGGUCUCCUUCGAAGAUCUACCACAUGCGCAGUGCGAGCUCCCUUGCGGCCGGCGGCAAGGUCGUUGUCCUGCCCAAGCGCACGCUCAGCCUGACGUACUCCGAAGUCAGCGAGAUCCAGAUCUCCAAGGACCGGCCUUGGAUGCUCCAGCAACAGACCCGGCUAGGGACCUACUACGCUGAGCUGCUGGUGGUCCGGGGCUUUGUCAAGGCGAUCACGAUCCGACCCUCGAAUCACCAACUGAUUUGGGGGCGGUCGCGUCUCGACGAAGCGCUCGCCAUCGCUAUCCGCAAGCUCAUGGAGCGGUUUGCCAUGCAAGGGGGACCGCGCAUGACGGGCCAUCUAUGUGUGGAGUUGAUGAUCGAUGAGGAAUUCGAUACAAACUCCGUUCGCCAUGUGAUCCACAUCGCUGGCUGUACGCAAGGUGCGGCUGCCGUCAAAACGCUUUUGCUCGACGCGUCCGGCUCGUUCCCGGCGGGCUGCCUGAGUGUGCUCUCCCCUCAGGCCCAAGGAUCUCCGGCAGAGACGACAAACACGCACAUUGGGACUAUGAUGUGCAGGACACCCGUCCAGAAUUCGAAAUUUGACGAGGCUCUCCAAGCUCGCGAUUUUCAUAGACUUGCACUCAUCAUUUCCGAGGGAAUGCAGGUACUCGACUGCCUGAACCAUGCAGCGAGCCAGUUCGUGUUCUGGAAGAACUGGCGAUAUUCCCAUUUCGACCCGCUACCAUGGUGGUGGGAUGUGCAUAUCUAUCAGCCGAUCAAGCACUUUGAGAUGGCCUUCGAAAAACCUGCGGCCUACGAUAAGAAUAUAUGA